AUGUUUUUGUUCGAAAACAAUUUUUUGUUUAAGGCCAACUUCAUGUUGUUUUUUCGACACCCAGAAGAAGACCCAGCAGAAGACCCAGAAGAAGACCCAGCAGAAGACCCAGAAGAAGACCCAGAAAUCGCUCUUAAGAACAAGUGCGAGUGUAUAAGAGCAGCUGUGGAGAGAGCUGUCACAGUAGAUGAUGCGCUAGAAGGCCAACUAGACGCAUAUGUACGAGCUGUAAGUGGAACAUGUAUUGUUAAAAUGAAUUGCUGUUCAGAAGAUUUGUCGAAGAAUGAGUCCAUUGCGGUUGAGAAUGGUCCAGAGAAUGUCCUCAGUGUUGUUGAGUCACAUGUUCCUAAAGAUUAUUCCAUUACCUUGGUGGUUGAGAAUUUAGAACAAGAAUUGGGAAGUGUGGCAGUUACGUAUUUGAAUAGUCCUCGAACUAAGGAAGAAUUCGAAAUCGCGAGGCAAAGCGAUUUUUCGGAAGACUGUGUCCAGGGAUCUAUUGAACAGAGCUUGGAAGUGUUGCCCAAUGCUGAAACAGAAGAUUUUGUGCAAGUAGUAAAAUGGAUGAGAAAUAAAAUUGAAGAGAAAUUUAUGCAUUUUAAGACUGUGUUCAAAAAGGGUUUGGUAGAAAAUGUUGGAAGCGUAUCAAAUUCGUUCAGGUGUAAUUCAAAGGAUAAAAUGGAAUGUAUACAAGACCUGAUAAGUCUUAUUGAUAGUACGUUGGACCACAUUAGUCAACAGUUUAAACAUGCUUCGCCUGCUUCAGGGGAACCCCUUGAGUUGCUGCCAAAAGACUCCACUGAAUGCACGGUGGAUACUAAAAAACUGUUUGCCAGGGAUGUGGAAGAGUGCGAUUUGAAAGGUGUUAGAGCGCUUUUCAAAGAGGCUACAAAAUUAUCAAAGAAUACCAAGAAUUCUAUGAAGAAACAGGAGAAAUAUCAAAAAAUUAAUAUCGCACAAGAAGAUGUCCCAGCAGAAGAUCCAGAAAUCACCCAAGAAGAUGUCCCAGCAGAAGACCUAGAAGAUGUCCCAGCAGAAGACCCAGAAGAUGACUUUGCAGAGUGUGAUUUGAAAGGUGUUAGAGCGCUUUUCAGAGACACUGCAAGAUCAUCAAAGGGAAUUGGUAGUGCGUUGUGGAAGGACUGUGCAGAGUGCGAUUUGAAAGGUGUUAGAGCACUUUUCAAAGAGGCUGAUCAGUCUUCCUUGGAAAAUGAUGCACAGAUGUUGGAGGUUGUAAGUAAUGAACCUAAUAGUGUUCAUUAUUUACCUCAUUCAAAGGGAUUUGCUACUUGUUUUUGGAAAACACGGUACUGCGCAGUGAGAAACAUCUGCCAAAUAUCCUAUUAUGCUGUUUUUCAGUACAUCCAUGGUCAGAAGUACGACAUGCACAGAUCGCUUUGUAAUAUAAAGACUCAGUAUAAUUUUAAUAGAGGACUUGUUAGGAGGACGAAGGCUGUUUACACGAUCACAGUGAGGAGAGGCAAGGAGAAAACCAAGAAAGAGGAGAGUGCAGAAGUAUUUAAGGGGCCCUAUUUUCCCAAGGGAAGGAGCAUGCUGAUAGAGGACUGUGCUGCUGACUGUGACAUCGUGAGUAGAAUCCAAAGUGAAAGCGGAAGUGGAAGUGGAAAUGGAUACGGAUGCGGAAGCGGAAAUGUGCGUGGAUGCGACAACGUGCAGGGAAGCGGAAACGUAUGUGGAAGCAGAAAUGCACGUCUUAGCAGAAGUGUACGUCGAAGCGGAAGCAGAAAUGGAAGUGGAAACGGAAAUGGAAGUGGAAGCGGAGGUGGAGACGAGCGAGGGAACAGUAACAACGGAGAUGGUCCUUCGGAUGGGGAGAAUUCUUCAUCACAUGAUGAGAAAUCUUCAAGUGAUGAGGAUGAAUCGGAUGAAGAAAGGGAAAAACAGAAAAAACAGGGUGCUCAGAAGAAUGAUGACAGGAAAGAAGCGAAAAUGGUGAGCAAAGGUGUAUCUGGUUUUAUGCUGCCGUGGAGUUCUUGCGCAAAAGCUGGUGAGGAAAGCUUAAAAAGAGAAGAUGCUGCAAGUAAUUGUGCAUAUAUGUUACCCAUGGGAAACAGUCGAAGGGAUGAUGAUGACUUGAAAAGAGAGGACAAUACGGGUAACAGUGAGUAUGUGAUGUCUUGGGAAAGGUCUACCGAGAAAAAAGAUGAUGUUCUGCCCUCCAAAGGUGAAAAGCUCUAUGUGCGCAACAGUUUUAAAGGGAAUAGGUGGGACAGGAGUGUAAAGCGAGAGGAAGAGAGUUUAAAAAGAGAGGACGACUUUAAAAGGGAAGAUUGCCUGGAUGCUGCUGCCGAUGUUGCACCAUGGUGCGAAGGUGUUAAGAGUGAGAGUAGUUUAGGAGGCCACCAGAGGGGAAGAGGUAGCUCAUUGUUGAUACUCUCGCGUAGAAUGCAACAGAAUAACGGUACAGAUGACUCAAAUCGGGAAAAUGCGCGUGGUAGCUUGUUUGACAAUGUUGAUUUAGGCACUGUUGCAGUUGCAGUAGGGGGAGCUGCAAACAGUGGCGAAAGUCAGCUGGCUCAGAGAAGUGGAGCAACUAAUGAUGUACAGCCUGGUAAUAGCGGUAGUGGAAGCAGUGAUGAUGAGAAUUCCGAAGUGAGCACUCAUAUUGAUGAGGAGAGUAGUGACAGUGAAAGGAUCCCUGAACCAGAUAACAGCGAAGAACUUAGUGACACAGCACCUUCAGAUGAUAGUGAAAACGGAGAAAGCACUGUAAUCCCUGAUGAAAGUGAUCUAGAGCAAGAGACUGUUCAUUUGAAAAGAGUGUUGGUAGGGGAUUAUAGAAAAAGAAAUGCAGAUGUUAUGAACCGAAUGCGUGACACAGCAGAAUAUAUGCUCCCAAAAGUUGAUGAAAUGCCUGAGGACAGAAAGCUUAACAAGAUUAGAAACAUGUAUAACCAUCGUCCAAACGUAUCAGGCAGAACAAAAUGUAGAAAAUAUGCUGACAAAGAAGGGAGCAAGAAUUGGAAAGAAAUUUCACGUGUUCUAAAAUAUGCAGAAGGCAUUGUAUCGGAAUUUAUUUCAUGCUUCAAGGAAAACAAUAAGUUCAGUCCCGAGUAUUCGACGAAAUAUUAUUAUGGAAAGAAGAUUCAAAGUUUAUACCCCAAAUAUCGUUUCUCUGAGUGUAAAAAGAUCUUUACCUAUUUUGAAAGGAUGACAACGAAUCCCAUUAUUGAGAAAAGUAGAGAUGAUUAUCUGGAAGAUGUUUUAGGACGGGUGAUGCUGGAGAAGAAUGAUGAUAUGUAUAUUGAUACUAUAAAGGGGUGCAGAAAAAUUAUUUUAGACAUUAUGACCUCUUUAAGAAAGAAUAUAAGAGAUGUAGGAUCUGCUGAUAUGAAAAACAAGAUUAGAGAGUAUAGAGAAAGCUACCGCAGGAGCACUGAGGAGGAAGAUGGUAUAUAUGCUGUAGAUCAUCCUUACAUUAUAGCUUUGAAAAAAAUCGAUGAUUGUUUCGAGGAACUUAGAGACAAAAUUUUAACAGUGCAUCACAUUACCAAUUUCUUCGAUUAUAAAAUGGACAGAAUUAUUAGAACCUACGCGUCUCAGUUGUGUUACAGUUACAGAUUUGUGCAUUAUUGGCUUCAUGUCUUAACGAGAUUGUUUACGGAUGUAGAUCAAGUGUGGAAUUUGCCAGAAGAGUUGCCUUGCCAGUUGUUUGAAGCUUGUGAUGAAAAGAAGAAUGUGCUAGUGGUGCGCAGAAAGUUAGUACAAAUAAUGAAGAAAUUUAAGAAAUGUGUUGAAGACGGGAGCUACAGGCCUCAUACGUACAAAGAGAUGAACACAGUUCCUGACGCAUACCAUAUUUAUAAGUACACGAAAAUAUUUUAUGAUCAGUUAUGUGAAGGGUUUAGAAAUUUAUCAGCAGAUGAGAUUCAUGUGGUGCAAGACGUAUAUAAUGAAAUUUGCGCACGGAUAUAUAACUUAGAGCCUUCAGAUAUAGUUGUGUAUUAUGUAAACCGCAUUAUUCGACGUAUUGGAUUGACGAACCCGUCCCAGUGGCCAACAACUGAUGACGCGCUAGAUUUGCUCCUCCUGGACGUAGAGGAUAACGACAACACUGCAGCAAAUGGAAGUGCAGAAAGGAACAACCCAACUGGUGCAGGUGCAGGAGGGAACAGCCCAACAGAUGAAGAAGAAGAAAGGGACAACCCAGCAGAUGAGGAAGAAGAAAGCAACAGCCGAGCAGAUGAGGAAGAAGAAAGCAACAGCCAAGCAGAUGAGGAAGAAGAAAGCAACAGCCGAGCAGAUGAGGAUACACCAAGCAAUGCUACCAAUGGUAGUCGUUCCGAUGGGAACACGAGUGACUCUUCAUACAAUUGCUAUGGGAAUAGACCAGAUACGAUAGAAGAUUCAACAUACUACUGCAAUGGUAUGUCAUAUGGAUCCACGGAAAAUGAAGGUGGCAAUUUUUAUGGGGCUGUUCCUUGCUUAAUGGAUAUUCCGAGGCAAAUAGACACUGAAGCACUAUCUGUACCAGCAGAAAAUGUAUCACACGGGACUUCGAGAAUUCUUGGAGUAGUGGAAAUUAUAUAUGAUGAAAAUGGUUAUACUGUUGAAGAGCCAUUAGAGAAUGUCCAGGAUAAUUUGGACAUGUGCACUCAGGUACCGGUGAGGGUUGCUUCGAGUAACAUGGAGUUUUUAGACCUCGAACCGGUAGGGAUUGCUGAGAAUAACUCAGCAUUUUUGGCUCAACAACCUUUGGCGUCUGCUCAAAAUGGCUUCAUAUUUUCGCCACAAGAACCAGUUGCAACUGUUCAAAACAGCUUCGCAUUUUCAACGCAAGAACCAGUGACGCCUGUUCAAGCCCGGGGGGAACCAGUUGCAACUAUUCAAAAUAGCUUCGCAUUUUCAACGCAAGAACCAGUGACGCCUGUUCAAGCCCGGGGGGGUAUUGUGCAGGAUUCCCUGGAUGCUGUUCAUAACAGUUCCGACUUUUGGUCACAAGAACCAGUGGUGUCCGUUCAGAAUCAUGGGGGUGUUUCUGUUCAGGAAUCAACUUGGACUUUACCAAAGAGUGGAACUUUUAUGCAACAAAUGAACAACGAAAGUGCUAGGAGUGAAAAUAAUAAUUUAUAUAAUGGAGCAGCCGAAAACAAAACAAAUGGUUUAAGUUUCUUCGCCCUCGCCCAAGCAUCAAACGAUGACAGCAAUUUCUGUGGGAACAUGAAAACCUCACUAAAAAAAUUUGAAAAUAAUGAAACAGUACCUGAAGUAAGAGACAGUAAGAGAAGAAGGAGUUUCAACUUUACUAAUGCUAUUCAGACUGGGUGUAACAACUACAACCAAAAUAAUGAAGAGCUUCCAGGAACAAUGGAAAAUUAUCCCAGUAAUUAUGGCAUGUACAGUGAGCAUUUACCCGAUUUCCCACAGAACAAAAGGAAUGCGUAUAUAUUUAACCCAAGCGACAACCACAGCAGUGACAACAUUUUCAAGAGCGAGUCAACACAGAACCCGCAUGUGUAUAACAGCUGCGUGGGCACAUGGGUAAAACCUAAAAAUGAAAACGCAUUUUUCAAAGGCGAGGUGCACGAAGAGGGAAACCAAAAUUAUUUCCAUUCUAUUAAUCCCAUGAGGGAGAACAACUCUGAGCAGAGGAGCAUGGCGAACAAUUUGUCAACACCAACUUUUCCUAGCCAUGACACUUAUACCAAUGGCAUCUUCAGUAAUGACAAGUUGUUCAACCACCAAGACCCGAAUUUCUUCGCCCUCGCCCAAGCAUCAAACGAUGACAGCAAUUUCUGUGGGAACAUGAAAACCUCACUAAAAAAAUUUGAAAAUAAUGAAACAGUACCUGAAGUAAGAGACAGUAAGAGAAGAAGGAGUUUCAACUUUACUAAUGCUAUUCAGACUGGGUGUAACAACUACAACCAAAAUAAUGAAGAGCUUCCAGGAACAAUGGAAAAUUAUCCCAGUAAUUAUGGCAUGUACAGUGAGCAUUUACCCGAUUUCCCACAGAACAAAAGGAAUGCGUAUAUAUUUAACCCAAGCGACAACCACAGCAGUGACAACAUUUUCAAGAGCGAGUCAACACAGAACCCGCAUGUGUAUAACAGCUGCGUGGGCACAUGGGUAAAACCUAAAAAUGAAAACGCAUUUUUCAAAGGCGAGGUGCACGAAGAGGGAAACCAAAAUUAUUUCCAUUCUAUUAAUCCCAUGAGGGAGAACAACUCUGAGCAGAGGAGCAUGGCGAACAAUUUGUCAACACCAACUUUUCCUAGCCAUGACACUUAUACCAAUGGCAUCUUCAGUAAUGACAAGUUGUUCAACCACCAAGACCCGAAGUUUGGUCUCCAGAGCAAAAUGGACAAUUUGUCAACACCAUCUUUACCUAUACAAAACUAUAAUAACACCAACAACGUCGACGACGCAUCACACCAUUCAAACUUUAGCCUGGGUAACCUUAACAAUGGCAAUUUGUUUUAUAACACAAACCAAGAAAAAGGUUUCACGAGGAACAUGAACAAUUUGCCACUAUCAACAGAGGUUAUACAGGGCGAAGACCACAUCUAUAAUACAUCACAUCAUUUAGAAUCCAAGCAGAGUGUACUUCAACAUUACCAACCAUUCAUAGACGAUAUGUUUAAAUACGCGGACCAAGAGAAUCACCACCAAAGCAACAUAAGCAACUGUACAUCCCCAAGAGACAUGAUACAUACUACCAACAGCAGCAGUGCCAGUGCAUUGAAUAAUAUGUACACGGAAAAUAUCCAUGAGAGACAUAACACCACUGAGUCCCAAUUCAAAGAUGAUAAAGCACAAGACGCAGCACAGAAGGAGCAGGCAGCUCUAUUCGAAAGAGAGCUUGUGGCAGAACAGAAGGCAAUAGCAGCUGUAUUGGCAAAAGAAGCGGCAGCUGUAUUGGCAAAAGAAGCGGUUACGGCUAAGGAGGCAAAGGAAGCAAAGAAAGCGCAGGCAGCUGUAUUGGCAAAUAUCAAGCAAGAAAUGGUAGUUGGUUCCAAGAAGAGCAAAAAAAGAGCCAUGCGAGAACAAGCAGAGACAGCACAGGACAAAGGCAGCAGUGUUACGGAAACAAUACCUGCACGUACUAGGAAGAUCAGAAGAAAAUUGGUGCAAGGGCCAACUGUUGAGAAAAAAGCCAAAAUGGAGGACAUAGCCAAAGUUGAGGAAGUAGCCACAGUCGAGGAAGUAGCCAAAGUCGAGGAAGUAGCCAAAGUCGAGGAAGAACCAAAGAUCAUAUUAGAAAUCAAGUGCUAUGUUGAACGAACAAAAUCUGAUUUGGGAACAAAUGUUAAUGCAGCCGCUUCAAUAAAAUUACCAAGCAAAAGGGUCCAUACCAAAAUGGCCAGUGCGCUAGAAGACAGUAACGAUUGGAUCGUAUUCAAGAAAAGACGCACAUGUGAAGAGGACGAAAUCGAACUUCCAGAAAACACAAAUGAAGUUAAGACUGAAACUGAAGGAAGUUGCGAAAUUAAGGAAAAUAAAGAAUCUGACGAAAGUAAAGACAGUAACAAUAAUAACACCACAGGAGAGAACAACACGACCUUCGACACAAAUAUUUCCAAAAAUGGUGGAGCAGGUGAUUCCCUUAAGGAAAAAAUAGCAGCAACGGAUGAAACCUGCGCCAAAAAUACAGAUGUAAAGAACAAAACAUUAUCUUGUCCCAAGCGUGCAAUCAACGAUUCGGAUGUAAAAAGAAAACAUGUGGGACAUUUUAAUUUAAGUAUAAAUAGGAAGCUAAUAAGGAAAAGAAAUAUAACAAAAACAGAAUUACGAAAAGUACAACUAAACACUAAAAGAGUACACAAGAAAACAAAAACGGCCAAAUUACAUCCGUUGUCACAGACAUAA